AUGGGAAAAAACUAUCUUAGUGGAAGAAUCCCAAGUUCUUUGUGCAAUGCCACUAACCUCAUUCGAAUAGAUUUGGCCUUCAAUUCAUUCUCCGGACAAAUUCCUGACAUAUUUGGCAAUUUAAGAAGCCUUGAGUGGCUUAACCUUGAUGAGAAUAAUUCGACUACUAAUCCAUCAAAUCCAGAGUUAAUGAUCAUAAAUUCUUUGACCAAUUGUAGAUAUCUCAAAUUUUUGUCCUUAGUUAACAACCCACUAAAUUCCCUUCUUCCAAUUUCUAUAGGAAACUUGUCUACUUCUCUUAGCCAAUUGAGACUCACAGGUUGUUCCAUGAGAGGUAGCAUUCCAACAAGUAUUGCCAAUUUAAGCAGCUUAUUAAGUCUUUCCCUUGGUCAAAAUCAAUUUGUUGGAUCAUUACCAAAUGGAAUAGGGAAAUUACAGAAACUACAAGGUCUCAUGUUAAGUGAUAACAAGUUGGAAGGUUUUGUUCCACAUGGACUUUGUCAACUAAAAAGCUUGGAUUCAUUAGCAUUAGACAGCAAUAGGUUCUAUGGCCCAAUACCUUCUUGCGUAAGUAAUCUUUCAUCAUUGAGACAGUUUUGGAUUUCUUCAAAUGUGUUAAACUCAACAAUACCUUCAACUUUGUGGAGUUUAUCAAAUUUGUUAUUAUUAGACUUAUCUUCAAAUAACCUAAGUGGAACUCUUCCAUUUGAUAUGUCCAAUCUAAAUGCUUUGACUUGGCUUUAUCUAUCAAGAAAUCAAUUAUCAGGUAGCAUUCCAAGCAGCCUUGGAAAUCUUGUCCAUUUGGGUGAUCUCUCCUUAGCACAAAAUGAAUUCGAAGGAGUUAUUCCGGAAUCUUUUGGUCGUUUGGUAAGUCUAGAACGUCUUGACUUGUCGAAAAACAACUUGUCCGGUGUUAUUCCUAAGUCAUUGGAGUCACUUUUGUAUUUGAACUACUUCAAUGUUUCUUACAAUAAGUUGGAAGGAGAAAUUCCUCAUGGUGGACCAUUUGCUAAUUUCUCUGUUCAAUCAUUCAUUAUGAACAGAGGACUCUGUGGCGCUUCGCGCUUGCAAUUCCCAGAAUGUGAAACAACGGGUAGAUCUCGAAAAACAACUGCCUACAUUUUCUUGAAAUAUAUUUUACCAAUAAGUAGUGUGGCCACUAUCCUUGUAUUGGCAUUCCUAAGCAUCUUAAAGUUCCAAAAUCAUAAUAAGGUGCUUCAAAAUUUUGAAGUGGAUCAAGCAAUGGCAAGAUGGAGAAGAAUUUCAUAUUAUGAAAUUCAACAAGCAACAGAUAGGUUUAAUGGUGACAACUUACUUGGUAUAGGGAGCUUCGGAAAAGUUUACAAAGGCGUCCUCUCGGACGGGACGAAUGUUGCAAUAAAGGUUUUCAAUUUGGGGCUAGAAGGAGCAUUUAGGAGUUUUGAUCUUGAAUGUGAAGUGUUGCGCAAUAUCCGCCAUCGAAACUUGACCAAAAUCAUAAGCAGUUGUAGUAACUUGGAUUUCAAGGCAUUGGUUAUGAGCUACAUGGUCAAUGGGAGUUUGGAGAAGUGGUUACAUUCAGAAGACCAUAGUUUGAGUAUGAUAGAGAGGAUUAACAUAGUGAUAGAUAUUGCAGAAGCAAUUAAUUAUCUUCACCAUGGUGGUUCUAUAUCAAUUGUGCAUGGUGAUUUAAAACCAAGCAAUAUAUUGCUAGAUGAAGACAUGGUUGCUCAUGUCACAGAUUUUGGCAUUGCAAAGCUGCUAAAUGGUGGAAAUUCCAUGACACAUACAUUGACUUUAGCCACAAUGGGGUAUAUGGCUCCAGAGUAUGGACUAGAAGGCUUGGUGUCCAAACAAGGUGAUGUGUAUAGUUAUGGCAUUUUACUUAUGGAAAUCUUCACACAAAAGAAACCCACUGAUGAAAUGUUUAUGGGAGAUUUUAGCAUCAAGCAUUGGGUGGAAAUGUCAUACCUUGAUUCCCUAAUUGACAUAGUUGAUGCUAGAUUGUUAAUGGAAGAAGGAGAACUAGCUUCCAAGAAAGAGUGUUUAUCAUCCAUCAUGAAACUAGCUUUGGAUUGCACCAAAGAAUUACCUCGAGAAAGGACCACAGUGAAAGAUGUCAUAACUACACUUAAGAAGAUUAAAAUGGUGUUCUUAUAA